AUGUACUCGUGGCACCAGCGCCUUAGCUCCUGGGCCCAGGGCACAGGGCUCAAGAUCGAUGCCCUCGGUCUCGUCACGCUCCUUGGAGCGGAGGAAAUGGAUCGCAGCAUUGGGCGACUCGUCCCAAGCCUGUAUCUUGACUAUCUACCGUUACUGGGAGCCUUCGUGGUGGCCGGCAACCGCUUCGUCGUGAAGAAGCCCGGGUCCGCUCUCUGCAACAUUUCGGGCGGCAUCAUGACAACAGAACUAGCAGGCUGGUUCUCGCGCUGGCUCCAGACGCAGUCAUUCAACCAGGUCCGCAGUAUUGUCACCUGGGAGGUCGGAGAGAGGCCGCGCAGAUGGACGUCAUUCAUCGUCGGCUUUCUGCUUGUCGGGUUGCCGGUGCACGGUGUGCUUAUUGCGCUGACUGUUCUGGCGAGGGAUUGGUGGGGAUUUGCUAAUGUCAUAUCCAUGAUAGCCUCGGUGGCAUUGAGGUGUUUCCAGGUGGCACAGAACCAGGCCGGGAUCGAUGCGAAUAUCCGAAGAGCCCAAGAAGAAGCUGAGAAAGAAAGCAAAAGAUACCCAGCCAAGCGGGCUGAAUAUGAGAAAUCAAUGGCAAUAUUCGAGGAUCUUUACCAACAGGGAAAAGAGAAAAAUGUUGAGCCACCCAUCGAACCUCAAGACCCGUACGCAAUCGCCAAGGUGAUUGUCGUGACAGAGGACUCGAAGGUCGUCACUCUCGUUGUCCCGGGGUACCUGCCAAAGCUAGCAUUUGCCAUCAACCCUCAGCCGCCAAACCCGUAUUUGUAUGAGGCAUGCCAAUGGGCCGGCUGGGUCUUCUUCGCCGUGCAUGUCGUCAGCAUCGGCAUGGCCGGCUUGUAUACACAGAUUGUCACAGUAGCGGUGAUCAUUGUCACCACAGUUCUCGUUGCCCACAGAGUUGGCUGCGAGGACUCACGCAUAUGGGAAGCCAUUCGCAAUCAAUGGAGCCACAGUGAUGAAACAGAACCGAGAAGCUGCUGGGUCAGUUCAACCCUAAAAGCCACCGUGUCUACCUAUCCUGAGAGGUACAUGGAUUGGCCAGAGCUGGAGAAAAGUAAACCAACCACCGUGCAAGUGGUCUUGGAGAAAGAUUUCAUGCAACAAAGACUCAGUGCAACUCCUUUGGGCAGCUUGGAAAGUAGUUCAGCACCCAAGAAAGCAGAACGUCGCCAGGAUCUGCUUGCUUGGUUGGACUUGACGACGGAGCAGGACAAAUCUCUCAUUGCGUGGGGGCUAAUCCCGCAUAGUCGAGAAUGGCAGAGUAUAUACAACAGGAAGAAAGAGGCUCACCGGAGGAGAGUUGGGGUAUAA